AUGUUCCGCAGGAGAGGGUUUCUGUCCUUGCCAAUGGUGGUGGGUGCGGUCGUGUGAGUUCCUCCCCCACUUCAUGCCAACGCCAUUUUACGUUUUCCAAGUCGGGUUUUGGGUUUCUGAUCCUCUUGCGCGCGAUCCUUCCAAUGAAUGUUUCGUUCACCUGAGAGCUUCAUCGUCCAUCUGGGUCGAUAGUUCCGGGGAUUAUUUCUUCGUCGUUUCUUCGAGGAAUCUUGUUUCCGAACCUCUCAAAUAGCAAGGGAGAUCUCUCCGUAGCCCUCGCUGUGGAGAUCGUCCCAGAUCGUAUGAGCUGUUACUAGCAGAGCAUGUUCUUCGAGAAUUGAAUGGGGCUGAUUGAACAUCUCGUGCUGGGUCCAUAACCUAGCUCGUCUGCUCCUCAAUCCACAUCAUUCCUUUCAAUUUUGAACUAAGAUCUUGGUAGUUUGCUUUCUCACCGAAGAGAUCUACAUCGAGUGACCCAUAAAGCAGAACUGCUCAAAGUUUGCUGCAUACGAACAACUGUUCCUCGAAUCUUCUGAUUUUUCUGACGAGAUUUGAGUUUUUCAAUAAACUGAAGAACGGCAAGCUCGAUAUGCUGUUAUUGUUUUUUCCUUUUUACCAAUGAUAUGAAAAUAUUGCGCAAGAUCAAGUGCAUCUCGAGAGUAUUGCCAUGCAUGUGACGUUGCCAAUGUGCCUCGUCUCUAAAUACCGUGAUGCAUCUACUGAGGAGGAUAUAAUAUAAUUUUCUGGCCUCUCGCCAGCUUUACUUCAACCCCGGUGCCAAGAGCAUAGCCACGAUUACAUUGGAUAGGAGGGGGCUUGGAGAAGGCCUUUUAAAGCUUGGUGGAAAGCCUGCCGCUGCUUCAGACCCUGAUUAGACCUCGCACUUACAUGUCCUGUAGCAUCUUAACGACGAGUUUCUAAAUCAGCCCAAAAUUUAACUUCUCCUUUGGUUAAUUGACCGGAACUUCUUUGGUGAAAAAUGAGUGAAAUAGCUUGUCCUGAAAGUUGUUUGCUUGUAGGAUUGGCGUGGUAUCUGGAAAAGCCAUAUUUGGACCCCCUCUCGAGGAGUACUGGGCAAAAAAGCUCCAAGAGGAGGCAGCAAAAGAGGGCUCCAGCAAAGCUUAG